AUGCCCCCGUUGUUCACCUCCAGGUUUCCCUUCGGGCUGAAAGGGCCCCUUCCGAAAGGGCCCUCGAGGUUUGUGAUGACUGCCACGACCUUUCGCGCGCCCUUUUUGCGACCACGCUCCACGGCGGCGAGCGGCGGCACGGCCUUCCACCAGCUGCAGGAGGCGGCGCCCGAGGAGUACGCUGGCUUCGUGGAGGCCGAGUGGCUGACCGAGGCGGCCGCCAUCGAGCGGGCCGCCGCCUCGCUCGCCGCGGGCGAGAUACUGGCCUUGUGGGCGAGCGGCGGCGCCAAGUACGGCCCGCGCGCCCUCGGCCGGCGCUCGAUCGUCGCUGACCCGCGGAAUGCCGCCGCAGUCGACCGCCUCAACCGGCUGGUCAAGAAGCGGGAGCCCUUCCGGCCGUUUGCGCCGUCGGUGGGCGGCGAGGCGGACCCGCGCUGGCGCGCGCUGAUCGCCGCCUUCUUCGCUCUCACCGGCGUGCCUCUGGUGCUCAACACGUCCUUCAACACGCGCCCGGCGGAGCCCAUCGUAGAAGGGCCCGCCAACGCGCUCGCCGCCUUCCUGCACGUGGCGUCCGAGGCGAGCGGGGGCGAGGCGGUGAGCGGCGGCGAGGCGGCCAGCGGUGCCGGCGGCAGCGCGCAGGGAGGCGCAGCUCGGCGGGCUGCGCGCGACGCGGCGCCCGGGCGUGCGCCCGGCGGGGGGGAGGAGUGGGCGGACGGCGCGGCGGGCGAGUGGCUCGCGGCCGACGGCGACGCGGCGGCCGCCGAGACGUUCACGCCCGACGCGCCGCGGGAGGCGCGCGAGCACCGCUCCACGGCCGCGUGGGUCGAGCUGGGCGACGAGCUCAAGCUGGCGGCGCUCGAGCUGUCCGACGGCGCGGAGGUGGCCGACAUCGCCCAGGCACUCGACGCGCCGCCCGACGAGGUGGCCGCCGCGCUGCGCUCGCUGUGGAAGCGGCGCUUCGUCGCACUGGAGUGA